ACUCAUUACGAAUAUUGUAUUCAUAAUUUUUCCAAUUAUUGCACUCUCAUUUUUAUGAAGUUGCGUUUCAUUUAAAGUCGUCCUGUUAUCGAGGGCCUGUAAACUUGUAAGAAGAAAUUUCAUUUUCGCUCCUUUCAUUUUUGAUAGGAUGAUUCCUUAUUCAUUUUGAAAUUACGCCAAUGUUUCGACUAGUAUGUAUUCGGUUUUCGAAUAAGUCCAUACCAGCUUCAAUUCAAACGUACAAAACCCUACAAUGUCCCCUACAAAACCUUGCGUUGACCUUGAGGACUCUUGUGCCACGGAAGAGCUUAUCGACAGAUCGUAUAUACAGGGUUAUUACCGCGAUGUUUUGCCGUAAAGGUAAAUCGAAAAUAUGUGUCCGUCAUCGUGGAGCAUAGUGCGCGCGUGUCGCGCGCGUAAUUCAAUCGGUCGACUCAUCUCGUCGACACUGGCGUUUUGUAACGCGAGCCCGAGACAGGCUACGGUUUACUUGUUGGGACAUCUCGGGACACACGAUACUGGGAUAUUGAUGAAUGGUGUAAGGAUAAGCCUAUCCAAAUAAUACUCGAAUAUUUCAUACCUAGCCGAAUACAAUAAAACUCCAUGUACCCGAACCGACUUUUGUGAGUAUUAUGAGUAAACUUUGAGUACGUAAGUCACAAAAGUCGCAUCGCUCCAAUAUCGCGAAUCUCUCGAAUAAAGAUAAUCCAAUAUCGAUAUUCGAAUACAGGAGGAUUCGAAAGUAACUCCGAGCUCUAGUACAUGUUAUACCGCGACGGACGCAUACUAUGAUUACACGCGUGCGCCCAAGUACGCGCGUACUCACACCAUCGCGUCGACAGCCGGCUAGUCGGUAGGAACAUUCGAUUUCAGUCGAAAGCGAAAACUCGCUUAGCCAGCCUGUUUGGUCGCGAUCCGUCUCAUAUAAAACACCCGGUAUUCUUACUACGUGUUUACUGUUUACUCGUCGACCUCGACGCGUCAUACUUGUCACAUUCGGAACGUCCGAGGUACCAGCUGGCUCCUCAAAACGGUCAAAUGUCGUUCGGCUGUUGCGGUAGCGGCGAAGUCGCCGGCGAAACGUUCACCGACAUCCUUGAGAACGUGUCGCGUGUACCGCGUACAAUCUACGACAGUUUCGUCCGCGAUGUCGGGCAUUUCGCCUACGAGUGCUCGUGGUUUUUCCUCGUCGUUGCUGUUCUCCUAUUGACGAGCUUGUUCGCCGUGGGGCGAGUUCACGUCACGCCGUCUCGACCCACCGGACUUGAAGAGUAGCGCGAUCUUCCGGUGCAUGCGUGACACUAUUUUUAUUCCGUCGGUGUAAAUAAAGGUGAUCAUGUGGGACAGUCCUAUCCGUGAGUGGAGGUCCUUACGCAGCUUUAACCUGCACCGAACGUCGUAUUGGAUAAACAUUCAUACAUCAGCCAGCCUUCGCACACUAUGAUAACGGAGAUACAGAAUGCGAGAACAGACUUCAGAGUAUGUUGAUAACUGACAGUGAUCAGAGUUUAAUUAAAAUCGCGCAGGUCUCCAGGAAAUGGAGCAAGUGCGACGAAAAGGGGUUAAUCGACCCCUGUUUUAAAUAGAUAAUGUAGAGUAUUAAUAAAUUGAUUCAGCAUCGAAAAGUGACUAAUUUGGCACUGAAUAUCCAGUGGCCCUUCGGACUCGUAGCUCCUUUAACCCAACGCCUUAAGCCGGCCCUGCAUGGAAGCAGUCGUUUCGGCCGUAUCGCGAUCGCCGACGCGAUGUAAACAGUCCGCGAAUGGCGUCGGUUUGACGUGAAUCUCGUUUCGUCACGCGGUGCCUCUGGGGCGUAAUCUCUUAUUGGUCGAUGUGAUUUCGGUUUAUCGCGCCCGAUUGGACGACGAUAACGUACUUUACACGGUGUCGUGUCGAGUGUGGCGCCGAUGCGCACCAGACCGUCAUAACUAUGCUGUGUCGUCUGCUAAUGUCUCGAACGUUGUUCGAAGAGAAGCAACGGCGUCGCGUGGAGGCGGAAUGAAUGAACGGGAAGAGGACGAUCGUGGCGUGGUGGGAGGAGAUGCGACGACACUCGUGUUGUGACGGCCCGCUGCCUGCUUGCCGAUUUGUAUCGAGGCGGUGCGUCCUUUCCUCGUUGGAGACGAGCAAUGCGGUAAGCGGAGAGCGACACGUAUUAUAAAUAACAUGGCUGUUGAUGUUGCAAACGUAUCCCUCAAGCGGUACUCGUCGCAUUUGGCUCGUGAAAACUCUGCUCAUCUUCGAUGGAAAGUACGAAAAGCCUAUGUCAUGGUCUCUGAAUAGAGUAUCGAGCCUCGUGAAUGCACUUCGAGUCCUCGUUUCGUCGAAGGAUUGGGUGUUCUCCGAAAUUUCGUGAGACGCCAGCGGAUUCGUCGGUUGUAAGAGGAGAGACAUGGUUUACGUAUGCGGAAUACGUCUCCGCGCCGCCGUCGGCGGGCGAGUUGCCAUAAGAUGGUCUCCCCGACGUUGUCUUCGACCGCCUAAAGGGGGACCCUCGGUAGACGGCGUAGUACGCCCAAAAUCGCCUGGCUGUGUCAUCUCUUCCAGUAUCCUUAGACAGGAUCCUCCAACUGUUAGCAAUUGUUCUGUUGACCGUUCGAAUGCAAAAGGUCUGAGCGGCCGCGAGGGUCCUCCCACGAGGAAGAAUCCCGGGUAGAGGGUGCGAGAAGGCAUAAAGGAAUCGAGAGAGAAGCGAGGUAACAGAGUGUUGGUUCAUCCUCGAAGGACAAUGGCGGGCGAGGACACGCAGAUCCUGGCGAACGGGAACGUCGAGGCCCUCACGAUAAUCCCCCAGAAGAUGGCGAAUGGGAACGGGCUGAUUUGUGGCAAACAGCACAACAACAACGGCUCGAUACCGAAUGGGAAGCUUCACGAGAUUGGCGGGACGGAAAACGGAAAGCUGAUCAUGUCAGAUGAGAAGUCGAGUAGCCUUCACACGGAGUUCGACGAUGCCGACGUCUCCUGUGGCUGGGGUCCCUGCAGACCGCGCUGGCUCCAAUAUUUUGCCACGAAGCAGGCCUUCCUGGUCACCUUCUGCAUCACCUGGGUCCUCCAAGGCAUGUACUACACAUACUUCGUCUCGGUAAUCACGACGAUCGAGAAGCUCUUCCAGAUCCAGUCGAAGACCACCGGUAUCAUAAUGUCGGCGACGGAGAUCGGUCAGAUCGGUUCCUCUCUCUUGCUCACGUACUACGGAGGCCAAGGUCACCGGCCUAAGUGGAUCGCUUGGGGCAUGAUCCUCUUCGCGGUGAGCUCGUUCACCUGCUCGAUGCCCCAUUUCAUCUUCGGUGAACAGCUGAUCCAUCAGAACGAGAUGAUUUUCAGCGGUGUCGGGCCGAGGGGCGAGGACGGGAACCCGAACAGCACCGACCCCGUGCCUGCUUACCUUUGCACGCUCCCUGAUCGGUCAGAGAACUUCACGCUGAACGGGCUCUCGUCCACGACAGCGCAAGGUGACGCGUUGAAUUACUGCGAGGGUAAGUUCAAGACGGAGCAGAUCAUACAGAGCAAAAUCACCACGGUGGUCUUGGCGAUAUUUUUCGUCUCUCUGCUGGGGGUUGGCAUGGGCCAGACGGCGGUGUACACCCUUGGGAUUCCCUACAUCGAUGACAACGUGGCUAGCAGAGAAAGUCCUCUGUAUUUUGCGAUUACCAUCGGAGUGAGGAUCCUCGGUCCAGCCCUAGGGUUUAUCCUGGGUUCAUUUUGCACGAUGAUUUAUGCGGAUUUGUCGAUGAAUCCGCAAAUCACGCCGAAGGAUCCGCGAUGGGUUGGAGCAUGGUGGCUGGGUUUGGUGCUAAUAUCCGCCAUGCUGGUGCUGGUCAGCCUCGGAAUGUUCGCGUUCCCGACGCGACUGCCCGCGAGCAGAACGCCGCCGAAACGUCCGGACUCCAAAAAGCCUAGUCUCAGAGACUUCCCUAAAGCGGUGAAGAGGCUGUUGAAGAACGACAUUCUUAUGUUCCGGACGGCCAGCAGCGUGCUGCACAUCCUACCGAUCGCCGGCCUCUACACCUUCCUGCCAAAGUACCUCGAGAGCCAAUUUCGCUUGCCAGCUCAUCAUGCGAACAUGAUCUCAGGUGUCGGUGGCAUUUUAGUAAUGGGUCUGGGUAUUAUAAUUAGCGGAGUGUUUAUCCUGAAGGCAAAGCCUAACGCCAGGUUUGUCGCAGCCUGGAUCGCCUUCACAGCGGUUGUUUACGCGUUCGGCAUGUGUGUGCUGAUGUUCAUCGGCUGCCCGAUGGACGAUUUCGCUGGUCUUGUUUCUCAUUCCAACGGAUUGUCCAGUUUCGAGCCGACCUGCGAUGCUACCUGCGACUGCGAUAGGAACAAGUUCAGUCCGAUUUGCGGUGCUGAUGGGAAAACCUAUUUUUCCGCGUGUCAUGCGGGCUGUUCGAAUUACACUGUGCUCGACGGCAAGGUGACUACGUUUUACAACUGCCAGUGCAUCGGGGCGAACAUAACGAUGCCGGAAACAACGAGCACGGCGACGAUCGGUUACUGCCCGCUGGAGUGCAGUAACUUUUGGGUUUAUAUGGUCCUGUUCUCCGUGUUCGUUUUCAUCCACUCGACCAGCGAGGUGGGCUCCAUGCUGUUGAUCCUGCGGUGUGUGGAUCCGCGGGACAAGGCCAUGGCUUUGGGGCUCAUACAGUUCGCCAUUGGCCUCUUCGGUAACGUUCCGUGUCCUAUAGUUUAUGGUGCUGUGGUGGACUCCGCUUGUCUCGUAUGGGAAUACGCUUGCGGCUCAAGGGGCGCCUGCUGGCUUUACGACUCGAAUAUCUUCAGAAUGUUCUAUCAUGGUACGACGGGUGGUAUCCUGGUCCUGGCGUUCGUAGUGGAUAUAGUGGUCUGGUACAAAGCUGGUAGCAUCAACUUCGUGGACGAGCAAGAGGUGGAGGAGGGUACUGUGGAGGAAAUGGCCAACCUGAAGUCCCAGGACGCGCAGGCGGUGGAGAACGACUAUUUGUGAAGAGUCUCUGGCCGACUUCAAUGGCAUCCCAUGAACCAGGCCUGAAUCUCGCGUCGCGAGGCGGGACAAAGCGGUCAUGAGUCUGUUCCUAACCGAAGGCAACCCGCUGCCAGGAAGCUCGCCAAGUGUCGGACUGGCGAAUCGCGUCGCGUUCGCCGUGUCUGUGGACUUCGUCGGGGGACUAGGACUAUCGCGAGCCCGUCGGAUAGAUUCUAGAGGGGACAACACAAACACUGGUGCUCACGUAAAUUGUCUCUCGCAGUCUGAACGGAGACCAGGACGACGAGGUCGGAUUACGAACUGUCGAGGGAAGGCGGUGCUGGGCCACGGAGAUAGCCCAUAGUUUCCGAAGAGGCUGUGUCGAGAUUAGCUUGUAGGACAAGUGCGUCGCUGGAGCACGAAUACCGGAAGAACGCGUUGGAAGAGGAAGGGUAGCUGGAACAGAGUAGUACUCGAGGUAGACGAUGAGAAUCGACGAUCAAAGACGACGUUUCUCGGGCCUGAAAACGCGAUUCGUCCCAGGAGAGCCUGUCAGAGAUGCUACCUGCAAGUACUGUAGCUCUGGAAGUCUAUCUAGAGGAACAAAGAAUCGCUGCAGAUUGGAAAACUCUUUCUGAUUGAGGACGACGAUCGAAUGGAUAGGAAAACGCUGAAUUCAAGGACGCCCAGGACUCGAUCCCGGAACGAAUCAACACGAUUCAGCGCGUCACGGAGGUCUGCAUCCUCUAAACGAAACACGUCAACCAUUCCAGUUCGACCAGUCGGUGCGAUUCAUCCUGAUUUCCUCGCAAGUGAAGACAAAGGAGGUGUUGCAUGUAUUGUGUGCGUGCAGGAGGUAUACAAGGGAAUCUAGGUACGUGUGCAUAGCCUCGAGUCGCAAUUGGGUUUACUGUCCGCUCGAAACUCUCGUUCCUUGGGAUCUCGAAGAAAAUAUAUUCGUAGAUGUUGAGUCUUUCGAAUGCAAUCCUUGAUGUUUUGCAAAAUUAUAAGGUUCCAGGGCAGCACUCUGUAGAUUUGUAUGAGAACAGAGUCUUAGUACGAUGUAAUUAUAUGACGAAUUAGAUUUGUCUACAUUUUUUCUGGACCGUGCAAGUCAUGGAAGCUAAGGACUGCUGUAGAAGGGGAUGCAGAUGAUAGGCUGUUUAUUCUUAAUUAAAUGUAUGUAUCACAGAUAAGCAGUCUACAUCCUGCGUUGUCUUCUCAUUAGCAUCGGCAGCGACUUCCAUUAUCAAAAGAGUUGUACGCCAUAAAAAUGGUCAAUUUCCACGUUGAUGACUGCAUUCGAAAGAGUAUUCAACAUCCACUGUGUCAACGUUACUGGCGAUGAAUUGUCCAAUCGCUAUCAAUUACCAUGAUAUUGAAGUGUUAGUUUCGAGCAGACGAAGGAGUUCUCGAUUCUCUGAUGUCUCUGAAAAUGGCAGAUUGUGUCGCAAGACGAUCGACAUCGACGACAAACUCGGGUGAGCUUCUCUUAGGCGCUACCGUCCGUGUUUCACUCUGCAAAUACACAUAGGCGUAGGCAAACCGUACGUACAAGCGAUUUAUGAUGUGUGCAUGCGUGUCGAUGAUAUUUGUCGUCGGACAGAGAGAGGGGGGAGCGAAUGAAAACGAAGAAAUAUAUAUAGGACAUAUUUUUAGAAGAUUUGACGACGAAAGGGAGGGAGAACAAAGAGUAACGUUAAUUAUUAAUAUUAUUAAGGCGGAUGCGACACAGGGAAAGAGGGAUGUCACGAAACGCGAUGGUCGAAGUAAUGGGGAAAAUGCGAGGAGCCAUAAGAUCUGUAUUUUAAUAGGUUACGCAAUUUACACACUCGCGAGACACGCCUGUGCUUUUAACGCUUCGAGCCUUCACCAUUUUCGACUCGCGUGGAAUGGCUGGCCUGUUCGUUUGUUAACUUUCUGAAGGCGCAGCUCAGAAGCUACAUUGUCAGAGGCUUACAGCUUAGUCCUGUCGAGUGGCUAAGGAUCAUCCACGAAUUUUCUCUUGACUCCUUUGGAACGGAUUUCUCUUGACACUCUGGGACUUCCAUGGAAGUUACAUCAACCCUUCGAGUUCCUCAGUUUGUUAGAGAAAGGCACUUAUUAUGGCGUUUCAUUCUCUCAGUGCUAAAAGCUCAGUGGAACAGACGUGAUAUCUAAUAGCUGGUUUCCUUUGAUUGGUUAACCAGCCAAUAGAUGGCGGGUUCCGUUUCUUGUCGAGCCGGUCCUGGUCUGUCAGUUUCUUCGCUUUGUGUCUGCUAGAUUAGGAUUUUUCAAUUCUUCAGAAAUUUGAGUAUAUUUGGAUAUUUUAAUUAGAAUUUGGAAGAUGAAUUAAAUAUCGCGAGUUGUCGUUGACGAAAAAGUUAGACGAACAAUCAAUGCGAAUAGACUUCUGUGUCCCAUUAGAACAGUAAAACAUAAAAGAUUUCAAGGGGUUAUCGCAUAGAGGGAAGACAAGAGUGGGAUUUAAGAUACGCAUUUAGGGUAGGCAUUAGUCGCUAUAAAUUUCGCGAAUUAUUCGAUUCAGGGGCAUUGCUAAUGUACUACACCGUUUGUGUUUGUUUUGGGAAGUGUUUGGCUGUAGUGAAUGAAAUCAUCCCCCAAUGAAGUGAGUUUUGUUUGAAUAAUGGUUCACACAAGUUUCCAAUACAUAAUUGACUAUAUAUAUUUAAAUACAUGUACAUACUAAUUAUUUUAGUCGAUGAAAAAUUUUGAUUCAUAUUGUAUGGUUCAUAUAAUAGAAUGUUCACAUAACAAAUGUUUGCAUACUGGAGAUUCCAUUAUCAUAGAAUCUCACAAUCAGAAUCUGACAGGAAGAUAUAAAAGCAAGUUCAAAUUAUUCUGACAAGACUCUAGUUUAAAGAACGAUAUUUACACUGUCAUUUAUAGAUCUAUUAUUCAAACAAAGUCAUUUGAUUAUUCUACAAUUCUGCAUUGAACACAUGACUAUCUGGUUUCAUUGAUCUCGUUGAAGAUACAGCGAGGAACGGGAAAUAUAUUUUUGGAAAAUUUGGGAAUAUAUUUUUGUUUCAAUAUUAGUGUAUUUCUCAGACGACUUCGAAAACUGGAGAGCUAUUAAUUAAACAGGCAUGAGAAGUAUAUCUGGAACAUACUAGCAGGAUGACUGAUAUAUCACAGUUUAUCCUAUGUUUCUAAAUUAGUCUAAUUAAUGGAAGUUGAGAUCUAUUUUUCGUCAGAUCUGGAUAAAUCUCAUUUUAUUCUAAAUUAACAAUUUUAUUCUAAAAUAUAUUUGAAUUUAGAAAAUUGUACAUUUCUACAUUUUAGAUUUUAUUUAUUAUUAAUGCUUAGAGACACAAUGACUUUUCUUCAAGCUUCAGCAAAGGAUAUCCUCUUUUCCAAAAAUCAUCACAUGAGAAUAUGUAAAUCAUUAAUCAAUUACUUUCUCGGGAUGCUUAAUGACAAAGAGGGUAUAAAUAACAUUGCUAGAUGGUUAACUGUUGUCCAGGUGUAGUUGAAGUUUUAUUGUGAAAAAGAACGAUCGCGGAAAGCUAUUUUUUGUAUUAUCGUAUCUCACACGAGAAAAAGCAAUAUAGAAAAUAAUAACAACUCUCUUGAUGUUUAACCAACUUCGAAAAAGAACGAGUUUACUCAGUUUGAGAUGUAUAUAUUUUUUGUUUACUCAUAAGAAGUUCACAAGUACGUAUUGAAGUGAUCAAUUUAUCAAAAAAAAAAAAAUAAAAAAUAAAAAAAAAUUGAUAGAAAGUUUCUAAUAAGUUUAUAAUAUCCAUAAUGUUAUUUAAAUUGCAAGAUUAUUCAAAUUUGGCCAUUUCUGGACAUACGACAGCAUUGAAAAAGUUAAACAUAGUAGGUGCACGUUAUAUUUGUUUGUGUAUGUAUGUACGUGAGUGUGCACUUGUACCGGUAAGAGAAGAAUCGCACGGAGGUGGAUUAUGGCCUCCGCGUACCCGUUGAUCUCCAAACGAGAAUUGUAUUUUUGUAUUCGAAGUGAACAUAAUCUAUAUUUUAAUCGAUCACACGUCAUGUAAGCACAGGGCAUGUAACGUUGAACCGAUUCAGCCUUUUAACACGUCAGUUUCUCGGAUCUCUGUGCAUUUCUCAGGACAGACAACAAAUUUUAUCAAUCAAUAGUUAUUGCAAGGAGAAAAUAAGCUCAUUCCCAAGUCAAGGGACUUUCUUUCUUCCUACAAUACACACGUCGACAUCUAGAGAGAGUUCAUAUUCUGAAUCAGGGCAGAAAGCAUACUCUUGUAAGAAGUUUUGGCAGACUCUCUCGAGACUCCCUCCAGAAGUUUCUUGGAAUUACGGACGAUAAUGUAAGGCGAGAUUUCGAGAAUACCCAAGACAUGAUUGCACAUAGAUGCUAAAUUGAUUCUAGAGUAUUUGCAUGGAACUACAUAUACAGAGUUGUAUAAAGUGGCACACAUUAAUGCACACAAAUUUCUGAAAGCAUCUUUUGUCAAGGAAGGAGUUAAAGUUGAGAUCAAAAGGACGGACAUCUCUCAUGGCCAGGCCUGUAUCAAUUAAGGACAAUUGAAUGAAAAAACUAUUUUUCAGAGCUUAGAGACAAUUAGCCCGUAUGUGCAUGCGCUCUUCUCUUGGGUUCGAUUCCUUUUAUCAUAGGAUUCGAAGUGGCCAUCGUUCCAUGUGUCUGUCGCAGAGUCAGAGAUAUUUUUUCUUCAGGGAAAUACGACGAUAUAUAUUUUCCAAGAAUGUCGUGAAUCAGUAAUCAGAGAUGAGCAAAAUUUUGAUGACUACUAUAUCAACCAUAUUUUUUCUUCAUUGGUUACUCAUUUAUUAUUCAAUAUUGUUUAGACAAUUGAAUAUAUGAGCAGUAUCCCUGAAAGUAGAAAAUAGAAUUAAAGUAGAAUAAAAAUUUUGCUCAUUACUGCCAGAGAACCUUCGUCGUUUUCGACGAGAAGUACUCAAUUAACCCUUUGCAGUCCUGUGUCGAGUGGGACUCGACAAAAUUGUAACGAAAUCAGAAAAUCUGGAUCACAAAGGGUUGGACGAAAGUGGUACAAGUGAAAGAUAGAAAGAUAAGAGAGUCUGAGAUAGAAACAGCUAAUUAGUUUACCCGUGUAUUCUGACCACAAGAGAAGGAGAGAUACGGAUUUUUAACCAGCGAGUCCCGUUUUAUUUUCAGACGAAAAGCGACGAGGUGGACAGCGAAUUGGGGUGUACUUGUGUGUUUGCCUUUAACGCUCGACACAUGAUUGUAUAUUACGUGUAUGAUAGACCUUGUAAAUAUAAGAGAGUACAAUAAUUGCCAAAAUAAAUCGUGGCGUGGAGCGACAGAGUCUCGAUCUUUAUUCUGCAUGUUGCGCCAGUUGCGUCUGAUGGGUGACAAAUGUUUGUGUCUCAGAUUUCUGUAUUGCUCAAAUCUGAACUCUGUUACAUUGCCUCUCAUGUUCGAACAUGCUAAUCUGAUAACUGCGAGAAUCAGACCCUAUGAUGGUGCCAUAACCUCGAAACACUGCCUGUUUACUGUUACUGCCAAUUCAUCAAAAGACUCGUCUAACAUUGAAACUACUGCCUAUUUCUACUUCGUUUUUUACUGAUAUUACGUGAACUGAAUUUAGAAGUGUUUUACUUCACACACGUUGGUCCAGGAUAAUGGUCCACAGAUAUAAGACAUACAACUUUUUAAUAGUGACGUCUUGUUAACGUUUGAUAUGUACUUGUGAAUGUUUCAAAGCAUUUCUUUAAUCGAAAAAGACUCGUUGCAUUGUUUAUAAAAAACAUAUACACGUGUGUAAUGCGUAUAUAAAUUAUAUAAAUUACACGAACACAACGUUUACAUUCUUUAAGCAUUUAAAGUUCACCAAUAUAUUUACUCACCAAUACAGCGCCAUCACUGUCACGAUUCUCACUGUUCGAACAGACGUUAACUUUUUCUUUAAGAAAAAAAAAAAAACUGGUCACUGGCGUGACACGAAAUACCAUAAUAAUUAUAUUUUAGUAAAAAGAAUUUAUCGAUAAAUAUACUUCUAGGAUAAUCAGCUGCGUCUGCGGCGUAAACAGUUUUACCUAAUUACGAUGUAGUCUUUUUAAGAGAACCAUCAUUGCUAGUCUUUAACUUGCGACGUGCACGCGUGUAUCCGCACGUCCCGACGAAAUAUAUACUGGAUGUUCUGUGAAUUCCACGUUGGUGCAACUUUGUCACGUUGCAGGAAAAUUAAAUACACAAAUCGUUGAUAUUUAGGUUGAUCAAGUUACUUUCAGCUCCAAAACGGGCUGCGUAACACGGAUGCGCACGAGUCCAUACCGCGACCUUUCAACCACGUCAAAUUACUUUAAUUUCAUAAGGUUCAUAAUUACUGAAAUAAGAUUGCAAGGACAUGUAGAGUUACUGAAAAAGUAUUGUUAAGUUGUAAAUUAAAGAAUCUCACCGGUGGAAUAAGUCUGAAGGUUGUUAAACCCGAUUUGCACGCAUCCAUGUUACACAACGCGUGAUUAUCUAAGCAAUGGUUGGUACACACACUUUUAUAUUUGAAUCUCGAGUGUAAAAUUGUUGUAAAAAGUCAUUAAAAGCGAAUGUAAGAUGCAAAGAUAUUUAAAUUGAAUUUAAACGAAUAUAUCAUAGUGUGGAUGGACUACCAGUCGAAGUAACGCAAAGUGUUAAAGUUGUUCCAACGUUAUACAUAUGCACCUAAUAUGUAUGCGUGUGUAUCAGGCGUAAGGAACGACUAAAUUGAUAAAUAAACGUAACGAAGAGCGGGGAAUAUAAAAAAUUGAUGAAAAAAAAGGAGGAACGAAUAUAAUGCCAUUUUUAUGUGUGCAUAUAUUGUACUAAUAAUUACUAUAAAUUUCUGUUUUAUUAAUAUUAUUAUUACUACUAUGGUUUCAUUACCAUUUCAUCGACUAUUGAUUAUUGCUAAUUAAUUAUAAUUAACGUUCGCGGUCGCGAAUUACCGUUGUAAUAUGCGCUUCGAUUUUUAUAUAUAAUAUGUAUAUUAUAUUGUAUAUCGAAAGAAUCGAUUACUCUGUAGGAGACGUAACUGUAUUUUGGUAUAGCGCACGAUGCGUGCGCGCGCGCGCGUGUGUGUCUGUGAAUGCGAUACAGAUUAAUUCUGCAUACGUUCGGCCUGAAUGCGUCUGUUUUUCUUUUGUGCUUAUUUUUAGCUAGGUAUAGCGUACAGACGGUUACUUUUCUAUUCUGACGAACAAUAUCCGUAUCAUUGUUUGGCCGGAAUUAUUUUUUAACGGUGCUCGAACAUUCUGAUAACAAUAGAUGUUCAUUUGGGCCACUGUACCCCAAGCUGUGCAAUAGCUGCAAUUCAUUUAUUCAAAAAACUGUACCUCGUAGAGUGAUUGCAACUUAAUUAUUACAACUUUUGUUCAUUACCCGAGAUUUUUUUCAUUUUUAUUUCAUAAUUAUUGGAUUAGGGAAAUCGAUACGUGAUGUUGUUCGUCGAAAUGCAAUUCCUCCCGGAAGAUGUAUACUAGGGACCUGGAGAGAUUGCCUCUGAUUAAAUUUUCAUUUGAAUAAAUCCGCGAAUAAAUAUGGGACAUUAAAUGGGUGAAAAAUUUCGUAAACGACACGAAACAGUUAUUCGAAAAUUUUCUCACAUACUAACUAUCGUUCAGAAGCGAUCUUUCCAGAUUCGAGCAGUAACACGCGUUUCAAUCAAGACUGUAAAUAGAAAAUAGCAGGCGUUCGAUGGACCUCCACCUUAAGGUUCCCAACACUACUCCCGACGUUUAAGUGCCUAAAAACCGGAAGAAAAACGCGUCUAUCCUCCUCGAAUCUUCGUUGUCUAGUUUCUAGAAGCGGGUAAGAUACUAUUUUGACGGCUGGUAGCAAAACUCUCGUUUCAAGAGUGCUAGAAACACACACAGUUCUUUCUCUUCGUCGUAGAAUCUCGAAUAAAAUAGCAAUGGAAACAGUAGUGGCGAUGAAUCGAAAAACAGGUGAAAAAAAAAAUAGAUAGCAGAAGAGUACACAUAUAUAUUUACGCAACGUUUUAAAAGGAUUAAAUUGCAAAACCGUAGCGACGACAAAGAACGUAGGUAACAGAUCGUCAUUCCCAAUUUGAUGAAUUAAUAUACGUAUAUAUGAUGUAUAUAUGUAUGUAUAAAAACAAAAAAGACGAAAUAGUAUUUUAUCUGACUACUAGUUUCACGCCACAAAUAGACGAAAGUCGUUCGACACCCUCAGCAGAUCUCAGCACUCUGACGAAACGAACGUGGAUCGUUUAUUUUUUAAUUCGCGCAUAUAAAAGUCCCGCUCGUUUUCGUGGAGCGCGUUUACGAAUAAUUAUGGCGUUCGAAAGGGUGCGUCGGGAACCGGGUUACACGACUAUAAUCUGUAAGGUGCACGUUCAAAAUAUCUAUAUAUGUAAAUGUAUAUAUCUCAGGCGCGAGUCGGAUUUUUCGAGUUAAACAAUUAUCGAUGUAGAUCGAUUCAGGCUUGUGACAAUGUAACAAAAAAGUCACCUCGUCGAUUACUCGUUAUUUUGUCCACAUAUAUCUUCGUAUCCAUCGGGUAUAAAAUUCGAAGCACAAAGAUUUAAGCUACAAAUCGCCUGUCGAGUUACAAUAUUAAUUGUUGUUUCUUUCCUUUGAAAUUAGAAAUUUCUGCGAACUCUUUAUUUGAAAUUUUUUAAAUAAUUACACGGUAUAGAUUUUGGUGAACAUUUCUCUCAGCGAAAAAUCCGAUUGCCUUAGUACAACUGAAGCGAUCUUUCACGCCCCCUCCCCCUUGUUUCAGUGAUAAUCGUACAAAGAUAACACGCGACCGAUUCGCGACGCAUCCUGUAAACGCGCGAGCGCGUGUGUGUAUAUUAAUUAUUACAGAUAUAUAUAUAUAUAUAUAUAUACGAAAGAAUAUAUAUACAUACAUACAUAUAUAUAUAAACAGAUAAAUGAAUAUGUAUAUAUUUAAACAAAAAAGUAUACAUAUAUUCAUAUACAGUGCCACUCGACAUUUUGGAGCAACCUUCCGUCUUUAAAGUAGAGUUUCCAUACCGAAGAUAUUUUAUGUAGAAAACCAAGUGUGGAAUUUAUUUAAUAUAAAUAUAAUUAAAUGCAUAGUAUAAAUUUAAUUGAACCCAAAUAUAAUUGAAUUUAUAGUAUGAAUUUUAUUUUAUCAAUGACAAGUGUGUGUGUGUGUGUGUGUGUGU